AUGAAGUCUACAAAGACCAACAGGCCCCAACCAACAUCCACAGCGGCGCCUCGCCGCUCCUCAGCACGCAUCGCCAAGCAACGCUCCAAACGCACCACCGAGGUCCAGGAGCACUCAACCCUAGCCAACGUCGCUCGGAAAAAGCUGGAGGACUAUGGGGCGGAAAUCGCGCGCCUCACGCUGGAGAACGUUGCGCUCAAGGACGCUGUAGAGCGGCUGCAAUCCGAGACGGCGCGUCUUGGAAGCGGCGGCAGGACGGGCGUGUUUAAGGCCGUUGUUUGA